AUGGUGGAAUCAAGUGCACUUCAAGAAUUCGAAGGAGCGCUGAUCGAUGAUGCAUGGCAAUGUGUCGUCAAUCGAACUUCAAUUCAGCGUAAUUUGAGUUCAUCAGAUCUUGAAAAGUUACCUGAUCUCUUGAAACUAUUGGAGAUUAUGAAUAAUUUAGACCGAUCUGAAGAAGCAGUGAAGCUUUUGCAUGAUUCGAGUUUGUCCAAAAAGAAUCAAGAACAAAUACUUUCACUUCGAACAAGAAAGAGGAAGAAGACUGAAAGCAACUGGAAUGUUGAUGUUAUGGUGGGAAAUUCGCUCAUUCAUAAAAGUCUUCACCUGAAAGUUUCUCUACCAGUUGGACCACAUGUCAUCGAAAUGACUGUUGAGAAAUUUGGCACAUUAAGGUAA